UAGCAAGCGGCACAUGCCGCAGGUUGCUUGAACUGGGCGAGUUCAAUUUGGCGCGACUGUGACCGACCUCCCUUGCAGUCCUGGCGCCGCUGCACCGUACAUUCAUAUAUAUAUAACGUUUAUGAUCCUCUAAAGCUUGAGUCCAGCUCCCGCGAGCAUACAAGCAAAAUGUCAAAGACGGGGCCGCAAAAGGUGGAGCUGGAAGAACAGGCUACUGAGGAGCAGCAGCGAAGAGGUGUGUCAGGGCCGACAGUCCAAGUCGCUGCCGGCGCGCCAUCAGCUGGACUGCCGGGUGCGAAUGCACCAUCGACCCCAGCAACGCCCAUGCCGCCUGCAUCGGCGGGUCCGGCAGCUGGCGAGCCGGCGUUCCGCGACGUGUUCGCGCACACAGUCAAACCCAACCAGAAAAAGAACGUUGUCAUUCGGGGCCUCGAAGCCUCCUUCGGCUGCGUGUUGCACGGGGAGUACGCAUCCAAUGAGAUUCGCACGGCUAAGUACACGCUGCUGACGUUCCUGCCGGUCAACCUGUUCGAGCAGUUCACGCGCGUGGCGAACCUGUAUUUCCUCGUCAUCGCCAUCCUGCAGUUCAUCCCAGGCCUGGCACCCACCUCCUGGUUCACAACGGUGGCGCCGCUGGUCAUUGUGCUGACCAUCAACGCAAUCAAGGAGAUUGUGGACGACUUUUACCGCCACAGGAGCGACAACGAGGUGAACAACCGCACAGUGCUUGUGCUGGAGGAGGGCGGCAAGGAGACGCCGGUGCCAUGGCGGGACCUGGCUGUGGGUGACAUUGUCAAGGUGAUGAACGACACGGAGAUUCCGGCGGACCUGGUGUUCCUGUCUUCCUCCGACGCCGGCGACAUCUGCUAUGUGGAGACCGCCAACCUGGACGGCGAGACCAACCUGAAGAUCAAGAACUGCUUUUCCAAGACUGCGGGAAAGCACCUGGCGGACGAGCUCAAGGAGUUUGCGGAGGACAGCGUGAUCCGGUGCGAGCUGCCCAACACGCACCUGUACCGGUUCGAGGGCGCGGUGAUGAAGCGCGCCGACCCCGAUGCCGCGGAGCACCAGCUGCCGCUGACCGCCGACAACCUUCUGCUGCGCGGGUGCAGCCUGCGCAAGACGGACUGGGUGGUGGGCGUGGUGGUGUACACCGGGAUCGAGUCGCGCAUCAUGAUGAACCGCACGCCAUCGCCGCGCAAGGUCACGCAGCUGGAGCGUCACAUGAACAUUCUGGUGAUGACCAUGUUCAUCCUGCUGUUCGUCAUCUCCGCCCUCAUGUCCAUGGGCGAGAUCAUCUGGCAGAAAGCGCACGCGCGCGACGACUGGUACCUGGAGUUCACCGGCAAGUACCCGGACUUCUACCCCAGCUUUAGGGGCUGGGUCAUCGGGGUGGUUCGCUGGGUCAUUCUGCUCAACGGCGUCAUCCCCAUCUCGCUGUACGUCACAAUUGAGGUGGUCAAGGUGUUCCAGUGCAAGAUGAUCUACGACCAGGACCGGGAGAUGUACCACGCCGAGACCGACACGCCCUUCUCCUGCCGCACCACCAACCUGAACGAGGACCUGGGCCAGGUGCGGUACGUGCUGUCCGACAAGACCGGCACGCUGACGCAGAACGUCAUGGGCUUCGUGUGGAUCUCCGCCGCCGACCACGUCUACGGCAAGAAGACCUGCGAGUCCGAGGGCCUGCCCAGCCCGUCGCACGUGGACCCCAAGACGCCGCACUCCAUCGCGCUGGACCCCGACCUCAUUCGCGGCCUGGGCCUGGAUCUGGAGAUCCUGUCCCGCGCAGCGCCCACGAAGAGCAACAAGAGCAUGCGCGGGCACGCCAACGUGAUCCGCGCCGCCGCUGCCGGCCAGCCACAGCCCAACCCCGACCUGGAACGCUUCAUGCUCAACCUGGCGGUGUGCAACACGGUGGUGCCCGCCAUCAGCGACGACGGCCAUUACGUGUACCAGGCGUCGUCGCCCGACGAGGAGGCGCUGGUGACGGGCGCGGCCUUCCUGGGCUACCGCCUGUUCAGCCGCACCACCGACAAGGUGGUGGUGGAGGUGCUGCGCACCGGCGAGCACCUGGAGUACACCGUGCUGGCGGUGCUGGAGUUCAACUCGGACCGCAAGCGCAUGUCCAUCAUUGCGCGCUGCCCCGACGGCAAGGUCCGGCUGUUCUGCAAGGGUGCCGACACCAUGAUCAUGGCUCGCGUGCAGCCCACGCAGCCGCGCAUUAGCAACGUGCGCAUGCACCUGGAGGAGAUGGCGCAGGCGGGCUACCGCACGCUGUGUGUGGCGGAGAAGGUCCUUCCGGACGCGGCGUACGAGAAGUGGGCGGAGCAGUACAGGGCGGCGUGCGUGGCGCUGCAGGACCGCGAGGGCAAGGUGGCGGCGGCCAGUGAGGCCAUCGAGAAGGACAUGGACCUGCUGGGCGCCACCGCGGUGGAGGACAAGCUGCAGGACGGCGUGCCCGAGGCGAUUGAGAACCUGCUGGCGGCGGGCAUCGGCGUGUGGGUUCUGACGGGCGACAAGGUGGAGACAGCCAUCAGCAUUGCCUUGUCCUGCAAGCUGUUCACGGAGGAGAUGGCGCUGGUGGAGCUGCGCGAGCGCGACUUCGAGGGAGCCAAGGACGAAGAUGAGCUGAAAGCGGUGCUGACCAGCAAGCAGGAGGAGGCACGGAUGGAGCAGAGUCGCCUGGAUGCAGAGCUGGGCUCCGGGCGCGGGUCCAUGGUGGGGCUGGUUGUGGAGGGCGGCGCGCUGACGCGGCUGCUGAGGGCGGAGUACCCCGCGCUCGCGUCACAGCUGUGCGACCUGUGCACCAGCAGCAAGAGCGUGGUUUGCUGCCGCGUCAGCCCCCUGCAGAAGGCCCAGGUGGUGCGGCUGGUGCAGCGCGAGCGUAAGGCUAUCACGCUGGGCAUUGGGGAUGGCGCCAACGACGUUAGCAUGAUCCAGGCCGCCCAUAUUGGCUGCGGCAUCAGCGGUCGCGAAGGCCGCGCCGCCGUGAUGGCGUCCGACUACUCGUUCGCCCAGUUCAAGUACGUGGCACGGCUGAUCCUGCUGCACGGCCGCGCCGCGUACAAGCGCAACGCCGAGGUAGUCUGGUAUGCCUUCUACAAGAACUGGAUCUACAACAUGGUGCUCAUGUAUUUCGGCUUCCUCACCGGCUUCUCCGCCCAGCCGCUGUUCACGUCGGGCCUCAUCGCCAUGUUCAACGUCAUCUUCACCUCGGCGCCCACCGUGGCCUUCGCCGUGUUGGAGCAGGACGUGUCUAUGGCGACGGUGCUGUCUACGCCUUCGCUGUACGCGGAGACCAUGUUGGCCACCCGCAAGGGCUUCCUGCUGGAGAUGGUGUGGUGGAUUGUCCUGGCGUCCUUCCACUCGCUGUGCAUCUUCUUCCUGCCCAUGUACUCCAUGAGCACGCCAAACAAAAGCGGCAAUUACGAGGACCUCGUCAUGAUCGGCACCACUGUGUACACUGGCAUGAUCGUCACGGUCAAUCUCAAGAUCGCGACGCGCACGCGUUACUGGACGUGGGUCAACCACCUGCUGAUCUGGGCGUCCAUCGCCAUCUGGUGGCCCUACGUCAUCGGCUACUCGGCCGUUUUCCAGGUCCAGCCCAUCGCGGGCACGGCGGACAUGUGCAGCGUGGCGAUGGACAUCAUGGCGGGGCCGCGCUUCUGGCUUGCGGGUGUGUUGCUGUCCCCCGCCAUGAGCCUUCUGCCCGACAUCACGCACAUGACCUUCCAGCGCACCUUUGCGCCCAAGCCCUUCCAGAUCUACCAGGAGAUUGAGUGGAAGCGCGAGCUGGAUGCGGAGAUGUCGAAACGGCUGGGCCUGGCGAAUCCCGCUCCCCCUCGCCAUGACAACCACCACAACCACCACCAGUCGGAGGAGGACACCCAGGCGUGAGUGCAGCCGCGUCUUUCUGCGGGGCGCUGCAGCCACCGACUGUUAGCUGCUGCACAUGCGGCCCUCGUAAACAUCGAAUGCGUAUAGCUGCUGCUGCGGCGGCGAUAGUAGCUCAGAAGCGGAUGCUGCGAGUCCAGAGGGCGAACUGACUCGUUAUGAAGCUGGCAACAUAGAGCAGACUGGCAUCAUGACAAAAACUACGGUGGUGCUGGGGGGGGUACUGAGUUAUAAGUGAAGGCUACCUCCGGACAUGUGCAGUGCCGGUAUGAACUUCGACUGGUGUAUGCGCUGUGGGGGAGGACUGCAACCCUGUCUGCCGGUCGCUGGAUGGUUUCUUUGAAUGCGAGCUGCCUGAGCGGCGCUUGGAGUGAGCUGAGGUGACUAGGAGUUCAGGUGGCCCCGCUGCGUAUCCAGUGGUUGAUGGGCGCUUGGGCGUACACGGUCGUACACGUGCACACAAGGAGGGCGGACGAAGGCCGAAAUGACAUGAUGCACAUGGAAAAGCAGGCACAUCUUCCGGUAGCAUGCCCCCACGUCCUUUGUCUGCGGUGUUAUGCCGCUACACGAACAAUACCCCUUGCGGAAAGGUCGUGCCUUCAGCAGCCAGCCAUGCACAAUGCGCACAAAGACGACAGGAGAUCGUCCUUGCUCUACGCCAUUCUGGUAUGCCGUCGGUCCAUGCAGUGGCGGGGUGGCUAUGACGGUACCGGCAUCCCCGGCCUUGCGCACACGGUGUGCUACCGUACUGAUUUAAGUC